AUGGGCAAGGACAAAAGAGUCCCAUACUACGGAUCGCUGGGGUCGGACAAGGACACUGAGAGCCUGCACUCUGAUGACCGUCGUCAGAUCGGCCUCGUGUCCGCCGUCUUCAUCAUCCUCAACCGCAUGAUCGGUACUGGCGUCUUCGCCACGCCCUCGACCAUCCUCAGUCUGAGCGGGAGUGUUGGCAUGAGUCUGGUCAUGUGGGUUGUUGGGUCCAUCAUCGCCGCCGCCGGAAUGUGGGUAUACAUUGUUUGGGGCACGGCGAUCCCGCGUAAUGGCGGCGAGAAGAACUAUCUCGAAUACCUCUUUCGCAAACCCAAGUUCUUGGCCACUUGCGCCUACGCCGCCAACGGUGUGCUCCUCGGCUGGGCGAGCGGCAACUCGAUCGUCUUUGGCGAAUAUAUCCUACGCGCGCUAAACCACUCUCCAGACCAAUGGACGCGGCGCAUAGUCGCCUUUAUGGCCAUCACAUUCUGUUUCCUCUUACAUGGCACCCGAGUCCGAUGGGGCCUGUACCUCCAAAACGUGCUUGGCAUGCUCAAGAUUGGGAUCUUGCUUGUUGUCGUCGUCACUGGCUUUUUCGCUUUCGGGGGCCACCUCAAGGUCGACAAGCCGGAUAAUUUCACAAACGCGUUCGAGGGAACUACCGCCAGCGCAAGCAGUUUCUGCCUCUCGCUCUACAACGUCAUCUGGAGUUUUGUUGGAUACCACAAUGCCAAUUUUGCGCUCAGCGAGGUCAAGAACCCGAAACGCACAAUCCGUAUUGCCGGGCCAUUGGCCAUCGGCCUCGUCACUGUCCUCUACAUCCUCGCCAACAUUGCCUACUUUGCUGCAGCGUCCAAGGAAGAGAUCACGGGGAGUGGCACGCUCGUCGCCUCUCUCCUCUUCCACAACGUAUAUGGCGACAAGGCUGCGCGCUUCCUCGACAUAUUCGUCGCCCUCAGCGCCCUCGGUAACGUCCUCUCCGUCAUCUUCGCUCAAGGUCGCGUGAACCAGGAACUGGGGCGUGAAGGUGUCCUCCCCUUCUCGCGACUGUGGGCGUCCAACAAACCCCUUGAUGCGCCUCUCGCCGGUCUCGCCCUCCACUGGGCCGUCUGCUUAAUCACAAUCCUCGCCCUACCCCCCGGCGACGCCUACAACUUUGUCAUCAACACCAUCUCGUACCCCCUCGCAGUCAUCAAUGCCACCAUCGCGUUCGGCAUCGUAUACCUCCAUUUCCGGCCGUACGCCGACUGGAAGACGCCGGGAUGGCCGGCGGUCGUGGCGGCCGCCUUUUUCGGCGCAGCCAACGUCUUCCUCUUGGUUGUGCCGUUCACUCCCCCGCCACCGGGCGGUGAACCGUACGCUACCAUGCCGUAUUACACCCACGCCGUGGCGGGAUGGGCAAUCUUCGGCAUCGGAUUCAUCUACUGGCUUGUGUGGGCGCAAGUGCUCCCCCGCGUCGGAGGAUACACGCUCGUGCGCCAGAACGAGGUCGGCGGCGACGGGCUGGCGCGCAAUGUCUUCCGCCAGGUCAAGAACUAG